AUGGCCAGCACAGCCACCAAGCGAAAAGAGAGUCUCAAUACGCAGCUGCAGAGCGACUUCACCAGCCACAAAUUUUGCCCACGUAAAGAGAUUACACUCGACAGGCAGUGGCAAAGCAGAAAGUUGAAGAGGUUACUCCUGAAAACCUUGCGUUUGGUGAACUCAGUGAAGAAAGAUGCCAACUCCUCUGGUGAAACACCAACUACUAUUUUGCAGCUUCUGCGGAGGUGGGUAAUGGGCCUGCAAAAUAGCCUCUGUUCUCCUGGAGAGAAUGCAGAUGGUAAAUAUAUUUCCCCAUUUCAUGACAUUCCACUGCUUGCUGGAUCUAAAGAGGAUAAAGAGAUUCCUGCAAAGAGGUCGAAGACUACUGGAAGUGAGGUCCUGUUUAAUAUGAUUGUAGAAGUACCUCGUUGGACGAAUGCAAAAAUGGAGAUUGCCACUGAGGAGCCGUUGAAUCCCAUUAAACAAGAUAUAAAGAAAGGCAAGCUUCGAUAUGUGGCAAAUAUCUUUCCUCACAAGGGUUAUAUAUGGAAUUAUGGUGCCCUCCCACAGACCUGGGAAGAUCCAAGCCAUACAGAUAACAUUACAGGAUGCUGUGGGGAUAAUGAUCCUAUUGAUGUUUGUGAAAUAGGUUCAAAGAUUCGUUCUUCUGGUGAGAUUGUUCAGGUGAAGGUCUUGGGUGUUUUAGCUCUUGUUGAUGAAGGAGAGACAGAUUGGAAGAUAAUUGCUAUCAGUGUGGAUGACCCAGAAGCUCAGAAAAUCCAUGAUCUUGAUGAUGUCAAGAAGCACAAACCAGGUUACCUUGAGGCUACGGUUGACUGGUUCCGAUUGUAUAAAGUCCCUGAUGGUAAACCGGAAAAUCGGUUCGCUUUUAAUGGAGAAUUUAAAGAUAAGGAUUUUGCUGUUGAAAUUAUUAAAUCCACCCAUGAAUACUGGAAAGCUUUGCUUCAUAAAAAAGCUGAUGGAGGUACUAUUAAGUGCACAAAUGUUCUGGUGAGUGGCAGCCCGUUUUGUUGCAGUGAGGAGGAUGCCCGAUCGAUUGUGCAGUCGGCACCAGUGCCUGUGAAUGGAGAUUCUGUUUCCCCAGAAGUUGAUUCCUGGCACUUUUUUCCCAAGUGAUCGUCAAAGUGUUCUGAAGCUGCAUUAUCAAAUCUUAAAGUCAUCCCUUUUUUGAAGACAGGCAAAAGCACUAAUUGUUGGGUUCCUGUUGAAACAACUUUUCAACUUGUGUAAACCUUCUCUCAUGUAAAUAAACACUGACAUUAUAAAAUGA